AUGGACAAAGAGGAAGAUAAAACACCACCUACACCAUCUACAUCGAUUUCACCGACUCAAGGAUAUUAUGGUCCAGGAAACCCGUACUACCCGUUAGUUAUCAUACCUCAAAAUGCAUAUCCAAAUCCAUAUACAUGUGCUUGGGGUCAGGUACCGUUGAUGCCACCUUUUGCACCAACGAUGCCCUACCCUCUGUCGAAUAAUCUGGAUGAGUCCACACAAGUUCAAUAUACCUACCAGCCUCCAUCGAGUAAUCCGGAGGAGUUAGCAAGAUCUGAAAAGACUCCUCAAGCAAGUGAAUCAUCAAUUGUGCCAUUGCCAUUGGGUGCUGAAACUGAAAAGAAUUUUGGAGAAACUUCGUCGGACAUAAAUAAAGAGGCAGAGGCCGAAGGAACUAAUGAAGUAUCGGAUGAUGAUGAACGAGUUGAGGAGCCAAAGCCUGGUAUGGAAUUCGCCACUGAUAAAGAGCUUCUGGCAUAUUAUAAGCGAUAUGCCAAACAACAAGGUUUUAGUGUUAUCACACAAAGGACGAAGAGAGAUGCAUCUGGGAAACCGAAGUAUGUGACAAUUGGGUGUGCACGUGGCGGCAAGUACCAUCCGAGUCAUAGUAAUAUCUCGAAGCCGCGGCCAACCAUUAAAACGGACUGUAAGGCGAAGUUAAAUGCUCACUUGGACAAAAAGGGUGUAUGGGUUUUGACCACUGCUGAGAAUACUCACAAUCAUGGUACUGUCAGCCCACAGAAGUCUAGAUUUUUUAGAAGUCACAAGUGUUUAGAUGAAUACAGUAAAAGAAUGCUCGAUCUAAAUGACAAGGCAUGUAUUCGAAUGAACAAAAAAUUUGGAGCACUUGUUGUUGAUGCGGGCGGGUUCGAGAAUCUUGAAUUUCAAGAGAAAGAUUGUCGAAAUUAUAUUGACAAAGCAAAACACUUGAGGCUGGGUAAAGGAGGUGGCGAAGCACUUAGUGAUUACUUUAAGAGGAUGAGGAAGAUGAAUGAUGGAUUUAUUUCUGUGAUUGAUGUGGAUGAUGAGUUGCGACUCAGAAAUGUGUUCUGGGCUGAUGCACGUAGUCGAGCUACGUACGAGUAUUUCGGAGAUGUGAUCACCUUCGAUACGACGUAUCUAACAAAUAGAUACGGUAUGCCUUUUGCUCCUUUUGUUGGGGUAAACCAUCACGGGCAGUCCAUACUGUUAGGGGCUGGAUUGAUUUCAAGCGAGGAUACAAGUACUUUUGUGUGGUUGUUCCGAGCAUGGUUGGACUGCAUGAAUGGUCAAGCUCCAAAAGCAAUCAUAACAGACCAAGAUCGGGCAAUGAAGAGUGCCAUUGCGAUGGUAUUCCCAGAAACACGCCAUAGAUAUUGUCUAUGGCAUAUCAUGCGGAAACUGCCUGAGAAAUUGGGAUCCCACUCACAAUUCAACGCAGGGUUGAAGACUGACAUUCAGAGUGCCAUAUAUGAUUCGCAUACCUGUGAAGAAUUUGAUGGCAAAUGGGGGGAACUAAUUCAGAAAUAUGACCUUGGUGAUAACGCGUGGCUAGAAGGGUUGUAUACCGAGAGAUCAUUUUGGGUUCCAGCUUACUUGAAGGGUGUAUUCUGGGCUGGUAUGAGCACUACACAGCGGUCUGAAAGCAUGAAUGCCUUUUUCGACGGAUAUGUGCAUUCUGGUACAACGUUAAAGGAAUUUGUCGAUCAAUUUGACAAUGCUUUGAGGAAGAAGGUGGAAGUAGAGACGACAGCUGAUUUCAAUUCGUGCAACCAAACCAUCCCUUGUGUGACUCCAUUCCACUUUGAGAAGCAGUUUCAAGCGGUGUAUACAAAUGCAAAGUUUAAAGAAAUCCAAGGGGAGGUGUGGGGGAUGAUUUGUUGUAACUGCAUACCUGUUAGCAAACAGGGUUGUAUUUCCACCUUUGACGUGUUGGAUGAAAUUACCACGGGUGAUCAUGUCAAAACCGUCCAUUACGUAGUUUACUAUAACGAGGAGGAAUGUGAUAUUAAAUGCACGUGUGCACUGUUUGAAAUGAGGGGCAUUCUUUGUAGGCAUGUAUUUAAACUUUGUCAAAUUAAGAAGAUUCAUGUGUUGCCAGAGAGGUAUAUCUUGGAUCGGUGGAGGAAAGACUUAAAGAGAAGAUACACACUUGUCAAAAGUAGCUAUGAUGAUUUGCGGGAUAAUGCAGACUCACGAAGGAAAAUAUUUGCUGACGAACAAGUUGGAGUUGGUGAGGUAUUGGCCCCCCAAGUUGGUGCUAACGUUGAAGAUGUUGUUGUUGGAACCCAAUAUAGUACUGUCACACAACAAACACCAUCGGGCAAUGAUGAGAAUUUGUGA